AUGGCAUCCAUAACACCCUCCACACCAAAAACCGUCGCUAAAGAGAUAGUUACUGAGUUCGGAACAUUCAUCCGUAUCUUUAGCGACGGUUCAAUAGAAAGACCAUUACAAUCUCCUUUUGUCCCUCCAAUUCUCAAUGACCCUAAGACAGGACAUUCAUCCAAAGACAUCAUAAUCCCACACAACCCCACAGUUUCAUCUCGAAUCUACCUUCCAAAAAUCACAAACCCAUCUUCCAAAUUUCCAAUCUUGAUCUAUUUUCACGGCGGCGCUUUCCUCUUCGAAUCCGCAUUUUCUCAACUCUACCAUCAACAUUUGAAAACCUUAGCAUCACAAGCAAACAUUAUAAUAUUGUCGGUAGAGUAUCGUCUUGCUCCUGAGCAUCCUGUCCCUGCAUGUUACCAUGACUGUUGGGCUGCACUCAAAUGGGUAUCUUCUCAUUCCAACAACACCCUCAACAAUCCAGAACCAUGGUUGGUUGAACAUGGCGAUUUCGCUAGGGUUUUCAUUGGUGGUGAUAGUGCUGGUGGUAACAUUACUCAUAACAUUGCAAUUCAAGCUGGAGCUGAAGCAUUACCUUGUGAUGUUAAAAUAUUAGGAGCUAUAAUGAUUCAUCCUUAUUUUAAUAGCUCUUAUCCAAUUGGGUCAGAACCUGUCAUAGAGCCUGAGAAUAAUCUUUUUCAUCAAGUUUGGCAUUUGUGUUACCCAAAUUCACCUCAUGGAAUUGAUAACCCUUUGGUGAAUCCUUUGGGAGAAGGUGCACCUAGCUUGGAAAAACUUGGUUGUUCUAGAAUUCUUAUUUGUGUUGCUGAAAGAGAUAAGUUAAGAGAUAGAGGAGUUUGGUAUUGGGAGAAUGUGAAGAAAAGUGGGUGGAAUGGGAGAUUGGAAUUGUUUGAAGAGAAAGAUGAGAAUCAUGUUUAUCAUUUGUUCAAACCAGAAUCUGAGAGUGCAAACACAUUUAUACAGCGAUUGGUUACUUUUGUACAAGAGUGA